AAACCAGGAAGGGAAGCUGAGUAGCAUCUGGAAUAAGCCUGGGGUGUGAGGUGGGAUUCAGGUCCUGGAGAAUGUGCUGGAAGCACACACAGACGUGAACCAUCAAGUAUGCAGGAAGCAGUCACCCUCCUCGUUCUCCUGGGCGCCCUGUCAGGGCGAGAGGCGCUCUACCUAACCCACUUACCUGCUACAGGCAACGUGGCAGAGAAUUCUCCACCUGAGACUUCAGUGCACAAGUUUUCUGUAAAUUUAUCAGCAUCGUUGUCACCUGUGAUCCCCGGGUUUCCCCUGAUAAUCAACUCAAGUCCCCUCACUGAAGCCUUCAGGGUCAAUCGGCUGUCAGGAACUGACUUUGAGGUUGUCACCACUGGGAAGGAACAACUAGAUUUUGAAACAGGACCAAACAUAUUUGACUUGCAGAUUUAUGUUAAGGAUGACGUUGGUGUCACAGACCUGCAGGUCCUGACUGUCCAGGUAACAGAUGUGAACGAGCCACCUCAGUUUCAAGGCAACUUGGCACAAGGUCUAGACCUCUACGUAGUAGAAGGAGUGAACCCUGGAUUCAUUUACCAGGUUGAAGCCUUUGAUCCAGAAGACACAAGCCGAAACACACCCCUCGGCUAUUUCCUGAUUUCUCCCUCAAAGAACUUUGGAAUGUCUGCUAAUGGUACCCUCUUCUCCACAACAGAAUUGGACUUUGAAGCAGGACACAGCAGUUUCCGUCUCACUGUGGAAGUGAGGGACAGCGGAGGCCUCAGAGCCUCCACGGCGCUCCAGGUGAACAUCGUGAACCUCAACGACGAAAUCCCUCGCUUUACCAGCCCAACGCGAGUGUACACGAUUCUGGAGGAACUGAGUCCAGGAACCAUUGUGGCCAACAUCACAGCUGAGGAUCCUGAUGGUGAAGGUUUUCCCAGCCACCUCCUAUACAGCAUUACUACUGUUAGCAACUAUUUCGUGAUAAAUCCGUUGACUGGCACCAUUCUAGUGGCCCAGAGGAUAGACCGAGAUGCAGGUGAAUUAAGACAAAAUCCUGCCAUUUCUGUAGAGGUUCUGGUGAAGGACAGACCCCACGGAGGUCAGGAGAAUCGCAUGCAGAUAACCUUCCUUGUGGAAGACAUCAACGACAACCCCGCCACGUGCAGGAAGUUCUCCUUCAGCAUUAUGGUGCCUGAAAGAACAGCCAAGGGGACGUUGCUUCUCGACCUGAACAAGUUCUGCUUUGAUGAUGACAGUGAGGCACCAAACAACAAAUUCAACUUCACCACGCCAUCUGGAGCGGGGAGCAGCAGCAGAUUUUUACAGGAUCCAGCUGGCUCUGGGAAAAUCGUGUUGGUUGGUGAUCUAGAUUAUGAAAAUCCAAGCAAUCUAGCAGCUGGAAAUAAAUACACAGUGAUAAUCCAGGUGCAGGAUGUUGCCUCUCCUUACUAUAAAAAUAACAUCUACAUUUAUAUCCUGACAAACCCGGAAAAUGAGUUUCCUCUCAUUUUUGAUAGGCAAUCCUACGUAUUUGAUGUGUCAGAAUUAAGGCCAGCUAGAACCCGCAUUGGACAGGUGCAAGCGACUGAUAAAGACUUCCCCCAGAGCAGCACCACGUACUCCAUCUCCACCGGAGGGGCCAGCCUCCAGUACCCAAGCAUAUUUUGGAUUAAUCCUAAAACCGGAGAACUCCAGCUAGUAACUAAAGUGGACUAUGAAACAACCCCUGUCUAUAUUCUCAGAAUCCAGGCCACCAACCACGAGGACACAAACUCGGUCACUGUGACUGUGAACAUCCUUGAAGAAAAUGAUGAAAAGCCAAUUUGUACCCCAAACUCUCAUUUCAUGGCCAUCCCAGUGGAUCUGAAGGUUGGCACAAAUAUUCAAAAUUUCAAGCUGACGUGUACCGACCUUGACUCCAGCCCCAGAUCUUUUCGUUAUUCCAUUGGCUCAGGCAACAUCAAUGGUCAUUUCACCUUCUCUCCUAAUGCUGGAUCCAACGUGACACGCCUGCUGCUUGCAUCCCGCUUUGACUAUGCUGGGGGGCUUGACAGGAUCUGGGACUACAAACUACUCGUCUACGUAACAGAUGACAACUUGCUCUCCGGCAGGAAGAAAGCGGAAGCUCUUGUUGAAACAGGGACGGUGACACUGAGUGUUAAAGUCAUUCCCCACCCAACCACAGUCAUCACCACAACCCCCAGGCCCAGGAUCACCUACCAGGUCCUGAGGAAGAACGUUUACUCUCCGUCCGCGUGGUAUGUGCCGUUCGUCAUCACUCUGGGCUCCAUGUUGCUUCUGGGUCUCCUGGUGUCCCUGCUCGUCCUGUUGGCCAAAGCCAUCCACAGACACUGCCCCUGCAGGACUGGGAAGGACGAGAAACCUCUGGCAAAGAAAGGAGAAAUGAAGAAUGCAGAGAGAGAGGUGCUGGUGGAAACCAUCCAGGUGAACACUGCCUUUGAUGGAGAAGCCAUAGAUCCAGUGACUGGAGAAAUAUAUGAAUUCAACUCAAGAACUGGAGCCAGAAGGUGGAAAGAGCCACUAAUCCAAAUGCCAAAACGGCAAGAGUCCAGCCCCCAGGGAGCUGCCCCACGCAGAGUCACUGCCUGGGAAGGGACGGGGACGCUGAGAUGUACCAUCCAGGAAGAGCAUGAGCUGGGUGGCAAAGCGGGGGCCGAGGACGCAGGCUUAGGUUCCCGGAAUGACGGCAAGCCGGGCACCCCAGAGAACAGAAACCCAGCCUUCACACGCAAGGCUUCCCCCAAAGCACACCCAGGGAAGUAAACAGUGUC